AAGAUAACAGAACUAUGACUAGAACUAGUAGUAGUAGCAGCAGUCUGCUCUCAGUUUCCUUUUUUCUGAGAGAUGAUGAGAUAAGUCGCUGUUUUUAAGUGCUGGUCUUCCUCUUGUUCAGCACCUCGUCACAGGACGGCUAAAAGAAGAGAAGAAGAAGACAUUCUGCAGCAGCUCCCACCUUCACCAUGAAGACCCUGACUGUGUUGGCACUGGUUUGUGCCGUGACGGCUCUGACUGGAGCUGCUCCUGAUGUUAAUCUGGUCAAGAGGUGGACCAGAGGCUGCUCCUGGGGUUGGUCUAGGUCCAACGACCGGUGUUUCCUCUACGUUGCCAGACCCAUGACCUGGGCUAAAGCUGAGAAAAACUGUCAGUACCUGGGAGGAAACCUCGCGUCCGUCCGCAGCCUCGACGAGUACCACAAGAUUCAGAUAAUGAUCCUGACCGGCCGUCAUGGGUACAAAGUGACAUGGAUUGGAGGCAGUGAUGCACAUGAGGAAAAGCACUGGUUCUGGAGCGAUGGCACACCUUUCCGCUACACCAACUGGUGUCGUGGACAGCCUGAUAACAGUUGGGGCAGGCAGCAUUGUUUGCAAAUGAAUUAUGGAGCUCAGAAAUGCUGGGAUGACAACAACUGCAGCGCUCGAAGACCGUCUGUCUGUUCCAAGAAAGCCUGAUGAUGAACCCGACACAGAAGCAUAACGGACCCGGAAAAAACCACACACACUGGGGGGGGCUGCCUUUAAUUACAUUCAUCUUUACUCCGUCAGUCUCACAUCUGAGCUGAACGGUUCUUCUUUAAGUUUCAUAUCUUUAUUUCUGUUCUAUCGCUGUAACGCUACUUAAGGAAGGAAGCGACAGGUGACAUAAAGAGGAGCUGGACUGUCUCUGAGGCCUCGUGUCUUUAAUGAGAUCAGACUGAAUGGGUUAUGAAAAGAUUGCUUUUAGCACAACCUGACACAUAUAUUCUCUUCUUUCUUGUCUUAUGCAAAAUUAAAAGCCUGAAGCAU